GGUCCACGCUCAUCCGCCAUCGCAGGACACACCCCGGCCCGCUGCCUCGGGCCCCACCGCCCGUUGUGCCCAUCGCCGAGCUCGCCAGGAAGGUCCUCGACAAUUGACUCAGUGUUAUCGGUGUCAAAGUGCCGCGAAUAUUACUGCCCCGUUGGAACGCGCUGGAAAUCGAAAUGAUGAAGGCCCAGUUGCGCGAGUAUCAUUGGCUGAAGGAGGAGAACAACAAUCAUUGUCGAAUGGCUGCCAGAAGCCAGAAGAAACCAAAGAAACGACGCCAGUCGUCGAAGCCAUAUUGCCGCACGUGUCGCAGGUACUUCAAGUCAGUGCACGUGCUGUACGUGCAUCGGCGCGUCUGCCAGGAGAAAACGAGAUGCGAGCUCGAAGAGCUGGCCGGAGAGGACGAGUGCGGCCGCGAGGAAGGAACGGCGGCGGCGGCGGCCUCGGCCACGGCCACGGCCACGGCCACGGCCACGGCCACGGAGGAGCCGGCGCCGCUCGACCGGGCCUCCUCGGAGCAGUGGAGCGAGGUGCGGCCGCUGAUCUUUUGCAAAGACUGCAAAUUGGCUUUCGGCACGACCCGCGAGAUCUUCGAGCACCGUCGAUACCUGCACUGCGCGGUGGCGGCGGCGGCGUCCAAGGACGCGGAGGAGAGCGAGCUGUCCGAGGCGACGGACGACGAGUACGGCUACGACCGGCUGUACGCGUGCCCGGCCUGCCGGGCCAAGUUCGUGUCGGCCGCGCUGCUCGACGAGCACCGCCGGCGCGAGGCCCACUGGCAGCGGCGGGCCGGCAAGGGCCGAGGGCCCGGCGCCGCGCGGGGCCUGGGGGCGCGCGAGCCCGAGGCGGACUUCACGUUCCGCAGCCUCGAGGACGGCGAGUACGAGUGCGCCUCGUGCCUCAACGGCGUCGUCUACCACGACCCCGACGACCUGCUCAAGCACCACCGCGCGGUGCACAGCGCCGGUGAGCAGCGCCUCUUCUGUCGCUACUGCUCGCACGAGCUCAGCGGCAUCAGUGAGUUCGCCGAGCACCAUCGACUCUACCACGAGAUGCUGCAGCACUGCCGGCUGUGCAGCGCGGCGGCGCUCCGGGACGAGGAGCCGCGCGAGCGGGCCGCGCCGCCGCCCAAGCCCUUCUGCCUGGGCUGCAGCCGGCGGCUCGGGCUGCCGCUGGCUUCCGAUGACUGCCCGAGCCUGCACCGCGAGAACCUCUACUGCGACGCCUGCGAGCGGGCCGUGCCCACGGUGGCGCACUUCAGGUUCCACAACUGCGCGCGCCGGCUGGCCGCGGGGGGGCCGCCCGCGAAGAUGGGCGUGGCCCCCUCCGUCUCGCUGCUCGCGUGCCCGCUCUGCCGCGAGCCCUACAACAGCCUGCGCUCGCUCUACCGCCACAUCAUUCGGCACAGCGACGUGCAGCGCUCCUUCCGCUGCGAGGCCUGCGGCAAGCUGCACGACACCUGGCGGGCUCUCAAGGCGCACGCCAUCGAGCAGCACCUGCUGCUGGACGUGCGCCUGCCGGCCGUCUCGCAGCGGGCGCUGCGCCGCAGCGCCGAGGACGUCGUCCGGCGCUUCGUCAAGAACGGCGUCCAGCUGCUGGCCUAGCUCUGCCUCGGGCGCGACCCUGCUUCCCUUCCGGCCAGUGCUCGUAGCCCGUUGCGCCCGUUGCUGCAGCUCUUGUCGCGCUGCCUGCCUACCUCUUAAGUACGUUUCUCGUUCUUCGUCCGUUUCCCGUUGUCUGCUGCAAAGCUCUGUAUAGUCCGUGCGCAACGAUAUUUCUAGCUGACAACUGUGUAUCGUAAUUUUAAGCACUUGAGUUUUUUGUUUGAACACGUUGGAUUUUGUACUUUUU